UGCAAAAAUAUUGCUGAAUCAGCAAACAACGUGCUUUUGAGAACUAGAGUCAAGACCAGAGUUAAUUCCAGAACAGUCAAGAAAGUGUAGUCUGUCUCUUUUGAAGCAUGGAGAAAGUGGUCAAACUAUUACCUGUAUUUGGUGGAAGCUUUGUCUAGUCCUAUAGUGGACCACAGUGACAUAGCCAGGACCAGAGAGAGACCAUUGCUGAGGAGAGCGAGUUCUUGGCCAAUCAGGAUAUACGUACUGCCAACAUGUACACUACCUGAGGAUUUGUACCAACCAGGUGAGGUGGACUUUGACCCCAACGAGGAAGGCUUACUAGCGGACCUCCACCUAGCAACCAGCGGUAGCAACACACCCGGAGUGGAUCAGAUCAUUAUAGACAAUAAGAAACUUAUGCUGGAAAAGAACGAUGAACGCUUAUAAUUGAAGAGUGCCUAAUAAGAAAGCUUUUAGUGUCCGUCAUUUAGAAAACAAGUGAAAUGCAGAACUUGUGCUCAAUGGCUCUUUUGCAGCUGCUGAGCUUACCUUCACUUUUGACAGCAUUGUUAGAGGACACAACAUAAAUCAGUUUGGAGACCUAGCUGCUGUAGGAUAGAUACUACUGCUAGAGCUGAUUGCUAAACACAGAGUAACAAGAGACAGGAGCUGGACCUAAGCUCAUCAGAUGAGUGUGGACUCUCGACUUAUCAUUGGCUGCGGCCAGACCCGACAAUGAUCCCCGGUUGGGGUAAAGCGGGGAAAGUGAAAGUUGGAAAGUGAGUGGGUAGCCUCGACUCCAGCCCCUUCAACAGUGGGCUUUUCCCUGCGGCCUGGAAUCGAGGCUAGUGAGUGGGCACCAUGAUGAGUUGGCUCUCUUUAAAUCCAAGGGCAGGAAAUAAAUAAAAAUGGCUCUAUACUAUUAGUGCGGCCACUUUCAACACGUCCAAAUGUGGAGAGAUGGAGUCUGGAGAUAAGCUUUGUUGAGGAGACAAGAAGAGGCACUGAGAAUGGAGGUACAGGCCUACUAUGCUGCUAAGAGAGGGGCCUCACGUAUACUGGCCACUCAGACGCUAACAGACCUCAGCAGUAUGGAAAAGGUUCUGUCAUCAGAGACUAAAAACUCCCCUGACACCCAGCCCUUACAUGACGCCCACCUCCAGUCUGGUGAGCAGCCUAUAAGCAGUGAGGGACAGUCUGAAGACAUGGGUCCAUGGACAGGGGCUACUGAGGAACCUUCAUCAAGAACAAGAACACUGACUCAGGAUGAGGAGGACUUUGACAAGUUCCUGGAGAGUGUAUGUGACUCUUUAACCCCUCAGUUCCCGAGCCCCAUCCCUUACUGUCUGACUCGGAAGAGGAGAUAGACUUUGGAUUCUGGGAGAAGGCGUCCACCCUACCCUCGGACAAGACCCCAACCAAGGACCUGAACUUGUUAUGACACUGUCACAUAUUUUGUUUGUUUCGA